GUUCCACUUUCGCCUGUUCCCACAUCCGCGCUCUGCAGGCGCCGAAUGGAGCCGUCCGAAGAGGAUGAACAUCGCAACUCAAGGCACAGCACCACCGUCGCUCAAAUUUCAAAUUCCUCAAACGUUCAGAUUGGACGAGGGAAUGUCUUGAACGCGAUCUCCUACCACACAGGCUGAAUCAGCCUCAAACGAGUGGCUGUCUGGGGCUCUGCAGUUUGUAGUCCCCAACGCCCCUCGGGGAAGACAAAGACGGCCGUGGGACAGGCUUCGACAGACGCUGCUGCUCGCUGCCAACGCAGCCCAGGCACGAGGAAUGACGUCUCCCGCCACCGUGAGGCGACUGGUGGAGUCGCACGCAGCAGUGCGGGCGUCUCUGCUGCGCACCAAGGUGGAGCUGUGCGCUCGCUACGCGAGCCGCCGCCUGCAGCUGGACCAGGAGGAGUGGGCGGCGCUGGCCGAGGUGGACGAUAAGGGGGGGGCGGUGCUCGCCUGGAUCGAGAACCACGUGGCGCGCCUCCACCAACAGCAGCAGGAGGAGGAGAAGAAUCGACGGAACAAGGACACGAGGGUCGAGGCCCUGCCACUGCGGCUCGUCACCGAGGAGGGCAUGGAGCUCGCCAACUUGAUCUCGCUGGGCGGCGUCAAGAUGAUCAUGCUGCCCUUCUUCUACGGAUGCUCCCCUACCGUGAACGUGAACUCCGCCCACUCGUCCCUCGCCGUGUCGGCCGACCUCCGCACGGUGACGCGGCUCUCCGGCCCUCCUCUUCACUUCCUCCACCGUCACCACCACCCGGAGCGCUUUGAGCACUGGGACCAGGCCCUGUGCCGCGAGGGCCUCCUGCGCGGCCACCACUACUGGGAGGUGGACGUGGGCUCGUCGGCACGCUGCCUCGUCGGGGUGGCCGAGGCUUCGAUCCCCCGCCAGGGCAAGGCCCGCGCGGGCCGCCUGGGCCUCAGCGGCGCCUCCUGGUGCCUCGAGAAGUGGGAUGGCCGCUACUCGGCGCGGCACAACGGGGCGCAGACCUUCCUGGGGGAGGAGGUGGUGGUCGGUGGUGGUGGUGGUGGUGGUGGAGGUAGUGGUGGUGGGAGUGGUGGUGAUAGGGGUAGUGGUGGUGAUGUUGGUAGUGGUGAUGGAGGUAGUGGUGGUGUGAGUGGUGAUGGCGGUGGAAGUGGUGGUGGUGGUGCGGGUGGUGCAGUUGGUGUGGGUGGUGGUGGUAGUGAUGGUGGUGGAGAUGGUGGCGGUGAUGGUGGUGGUGGCGGUGAAGGUAGUGGUAGGGGUGGCGGUGGCACUGAUGGUACAGAUGGUGGUGGUACAGGUGGUGGUUGUGUGGGUGGUGGUGGUACGAGUGGUGGUAGUGCGGGUGGUGGUGGUAGCGGUAGUGGUGUUGGCGGUGGUGGUCGCGGUAGUGGUGGUGGUGGCACGGUUGGGCAAUGCAUCGGCGUCUACCUGGAGUGGGAGGAGGGGGUGCUGUCGUUCUACUGCGUGCAGGGCUCCCGCCACCUCCACUCGUUCCACGGCGUGUUCACGGCGCCGCUGUUCCCCGCACUGGGUGUCUACGAGGGAUCCGUGGCCAUCGUGGCAGCGCCGUUCGGAGGACGCCGCGGGGUCACGCCCCAACGACCUGCGCCCUUGCAGGUCACAAUCGACCCACUGCGUUUCGGAGCGAGCAGCGGAGGCGAUGGCCACAAACACGACAGAGGCUGCCAAAACCGCACCGACCACAGCAGGGGUCCGGCCGACGUCGCCCCUCCUGGAUUCGUUCGCAAGUCGACGCCAAGUGACCCCGUGCCCACGCCCCGUUCCACCAGAGGGCCCCCGGGGGCAUUCGACGUCGCUGCCUCGUGCCUCAUCGCCACCGUCGCCAUGAGGGAGGAGAUCGCGGCCGCGGUGUUCUUCGUGACGCGCCUCGCGCGCAGGGGCGAGCGCCUGGACGAGCGCCGCGUGGCGCGCCUCACCGCCAAGCUCACGGCGCGCCUCCUCGACCGCUACAAGAACCACUGGUACCCCGAGCAGCCCAGCCGCGGACAGGCCUACAGGUGCCUGCGCAUGAACAGCAUCAAGGCGGUGGACCCGGUGCUGGCGGCGGCGUGCGAGGCGAGCGGCAUCGCCUACGCGGAGCUGGGCCUCCCGCGUGAGCUCACCGUCUGGGUCGACCCCGGGGAGGUCAGCUGCAGGUACGGCGAGAAGAGCCUGGCGUUCACCGUCACGAGUCUCGCCCGGGGCAGCGAGCCGGCGUCUCUCAGCAUCAGCGCCGCCGUGGAGAGGGCCGCUGGCGACUCCGGCUCCGGCUCCUCUCCCCCGCCCUCUCUGGCCUUCUCCAGCGUCGCCCUCACCACCUCCUCUUCCUCGUGCUCCUCUUCUAUCUCUUCCUCCGUCGCGUCUCUCCACUCGGACGACAUCGCGGGGAACUUUCAGGCGGCGCAGCCGAUCGAGACGGUUUGCAACCCCAACAGCGUCUACCAGGCGCAGCAGCAAGGCCGCCCCUUCUCUACGUCGGUGCCAUCGUCGGUGUCGUCGUCGUCGCUGUCGUCCUCCGCCUCAUCGUCUGCCGCCGCACCGGAGUGGGGAUGCUCCCGCACGGACCCCUCUCUGCUGCUGUUCCCCUCCUCCGCCGCGUGCUUCACGGCGCUGUCUCUGCCUCCCCAUCCUCCUCCUCCCCCGCGUCAUCCUUCCACCCUGGCCGCCCGCACUCCGCGCGGCUUCCCGGGCAAGGCGGCCCCCCACCUUUGCCUGCCCCUGCGGCGUCGCGCGGAGAGGCCGCGUCCCUACGACGACUACCGGAGCGGCGGUGGCGGCAGGAGGGCACGUGCGGGUCGAGGGGCCGACCGCUUCCACUGGGUCAACCCGGCCACCCUCAGCAAGGCCGCGGCCACCGGCUGGAGACCCCUGGCGGGCAACCCGCGGACCCUCGAUGUGAAUCUGGAGCUGCCGCUGCUGCUCCACGGCACUGCUCCACCGAAGAGGAGGGAAGAGAAGAGGAGGGAAGAGAAGAGGAGAGGCGGGAAUAGAAGAGAGCCAUGGACUCAGGACGGUCCGGGCACCCAGAGGAUGGAGGAGUCGGAGUCGGAGGAGGCCUCGAUUCUGCCCCCAGCACCACCACCGCCACUCCCCAUGGGGAGUUCCACUCUGAGGCACGCGGGGGAGCCGCUGGACUCGUUCUGCUGUGACGAGCAGCUCCUGGGGUGCCGCUCCUGCGCCGCCGCCUGCGCCGCACAGGGCCACCAAGUGGCCAGCGCCUACGAGGAGUUCGCCACGCAGCGGAGGGCUAUUGUCGACCUCCGGACGGCGCUGGGUGACCGCAGGAGGAGCGUGGAGAGCCACAUCCACUACGUGCAGGGCAGCUGCACCAGCCUGCAGGAGUCUGCGGAGCGCGUGCGCGAGCGCGUCCGGGACAAGUACGCGGAGCUGCGCCGCCUGGCGCGUGCCGAGGAGGCGGCGGUGCUGGCGCUGCUGGGCGAGGAGCUGCAGCGGGAGCUGCGGGGGGCCGAGCGCGAGCUGCAGGCGCUGCGGGGCGCCACACUGCGGCCCCUGAGGGACGCCCACGGGAGGCUGGGGGAGCUGCUGCGCGUGGGGGACGCGGACGGGAUGCUCCCCUUCCUCAAGAUACGCAAGCCGAAUUUCGACAACCAACCACCGUCUAGCAUCGCAAUAUCGAGUGAAGACGACAGCAACGGUGGCGACGAGACGACAGCGACGAUGGCGACGAUCUUCAAAACCCCCACGGAGCGUCCGCCGCUGUCCCGUGAGCUCAGCGCUGAGAAGGUGGCGCUGCUGGAGGAGGCGGUGGACGAGCGACUCCGCAGCUUCGGCUCCAUCUCCGUGCCGGCGGGCGCCAACGCGCCCCCCUUCCAUGAGUACGCCCGCUCCCCCACGCUGGACCCCUCCACGGCCCAUCCCAGGCUGCUGCUCUCGGCCGAUCUGCGCAGCGCGGCGUGCGGGGAGCGCAAGCAGCGCUGCGCCGACAACUCAGGACGCUUUGACUACUGGGAGCAGGUCCUCGCCACGCAGGCUUACGGCCCGGGCCGCCACUACUGGGAGCUGGACGUGAGCCGCGCCGCCUACUGGCGCGUGGGCGCCGCUUACGGCAGCAUCGCACGCAAGGGCAGCGCCAAUGCCUGCGGCCUGGGCCGCAACGCGGUCUCGUGGUGCGCGCGCCGCGCCGGCUCCAGCUACACGGCCGUGCAUGCCGAGCGGCGCGCGGAGCUGGCGAUGGGCGGCCGAGGGGGAGGAGCCGGAGCCGGGGGAGGAGCCAGAACCGGGGGCGUGGCCGGGACGGUUGGCAGCAGUCGGCGCGACGGCAGCGGCGGCCAGCAGGCUCCGCUGCGCCGGCUGGGCGUCUACCUGGACCACGAGGCCGGGGAGCUGUCGUUCUACGACGCGGAGCGGCCCGCCGUGCCGCUGCACACGUUCCUGGUGCCCGGCGGGUUCACGCAGCCCCUGCACCCGGCCCUGAGGCUCAGCGGGUUCCACGGGUGCAGCUGCAUCACCGUGUGCAGCCUGCGGGGCCCGGCGGAGCGGGGCGGAGACGAGGGAGAAGGGGAGGACAGCGACUGACGGA